GACAGCAAAAUGAAGAUGUCGUCGCUUCCCAAUGACACAUCUUCCCCCGCGACAUUUAACCGUUCAACUUAGGCCACUGAGCUCACGAGUAAACAUCUCUCUGCACAAGGGGCCAGUGAAUUAACCUCGAAAAAUGCUCAAAAAGAAAUCAAGUGCCAGUGAAAAGAAACGGAAACACGCGCAGUCUGAAGAGCGACACGACGGCAAUAAACGCAGAAGUGCAGCAUCCAACUUGGAGCAGGACUCCAAAGACGAACUCGCUGAUGCUGAGCUCGACAGGGUUGGCAGUGACAUUGAGGAGGGCGGACUUGACCUCAGCAUGCCGUUCCAGCCGAUCACUGCUUAUGUCAUUGAUAAGCGGGAGAUGCUGGAGCAGUGUCUCCAUGUGCUGGGGGAGAAGAAGCUCCGGAAAAUGCUGCCUGAUGAACUCAAGGACUGUAGUUUAGAGGAAAUCCAAAAGAUGUGCUGGGAGCAACUGGACCUGAUCUCUGAGAAAAAUCUUGCGCAGAUCUUAGCAGGGGAAGAACUGACAUCUGGGAAUAACGACGAAAUAACAGAAGAGACCCUGGAAAGCCAGCAAGACAAUAAUGUGGACUCUACAUCUUGCCUCAAAGAAACUGUAAAGGCUGAGGACCCGAAGCAAGAGGGCGUUGGUUCCGGCGAAGAGAGUGACGUCCUAAGCAUAAACGCAGACACUUACGAUAGUGACAUAGAGGGACCAAAAGAGGAGCAGACUGUUAAAUCUGUGGACGGGGCAGUGAAGGUAGUGGACAGCAGCAGGGAAGGAGCUGACCCAGUUGUAAACCCAGGCCCGGCAAAUCCUGAGCCUCCCACGGUCUCUCAACCAACGGAAGCAAAGAAAGACAUCCUCAGCGACAUAGACAAAAGUGUCAGUGAGAUUUUAGCUAUUUCCUCUUCAAGCAAAGCGGAAGCUAACGAACAGAGCGCACCGCCGCAGUCCACCGAUGUUAGUGUACCGGUUCAAGGCGGCCCCGUUUCAAGUUGUGCACCUGCAGCAUGUCAGCCGUCAAUUCAGCAACUGGAGCUUCUAGAGUUAGAAAUGAGGGCGAGGGCCAUCAAGGCCCUGAUGAAAGCAAGUGAUGGGAAAAAGCCUUGUGUUGCAAAAAAAUUGUAGCGUGCCUUAUUUGUUGUUGGCUGAAUGAUAGUUUUUUUUUUAACAUAGGACUGAUUUUCUCUUUUAAACCCCUGAUUUAGUGAGCGUACCUUUUCAAACCAUGUUUACUAUUAGAAUAAAUUAUCUAAUGAAGAUUCUACACCUCAAGCUGUGUCCUCCAUCUACUGCAUCAACGUCUUCUGGGAUGAUUAAGUCAUUGGUGUUUCCAGGUGUGUUCUUCUCUCUGGUCACUAGAUGGCAGUGUUAGCCUGCCGUGGCACAGUCGCGUCCAUCGAGGAGAGCAAGAGAUGAGUUAUCUGCUCGCAUUACAGUCAUACUGGAAAGACGGCAUAAAAGUCUUCUUGGAUGCGAUGUUAGUUAGUUAUACCGUUACAGUAACAUUUGUUCAAUGUUGGAGGAUGUGAGAAUAUGAGAAAUGUUAUUUGCAUUUGGCCUUACCAGCCAACGCAGGUGUUGAGCUGUCAUUGAUAGUAAAAAGACACACCUGCAGGGUUUCUUCACUGAACACCUGUUUGACUUGUCGGGCUGAAGUGUGCAUAGUAAGAGCAUGCAGUGCCUCUCUUUCAUAUUUGCAUCUUCUAUAUUUCGAGGGUGGUUCCAGAUAAUGCAGAUAAGGCAAAGACAACAGGAAGUAGUUCCCAUGAAUCCCAAAAAACGAAAUAAAUCCAAGAUAAAUUCGUCCCGCUGUCCCCACCUACACGUCAACUUACAGACGCUGCCAGAGUUACUUUUAUGUUUGCGUUCUAUUGGUAUGUAGCAGCAGAAAUAUAUAAAUAUAUAUAUAUAUAUAUAUAUAUAUAUAUAUAUAUAGCAUCCUCCCGCUUAAUAGAGCAUCUUUUCUGCAAUUUAUUCUGACGCUGCUUUGUUCUAGUAUACACUGUAAUGCUCUGCUCUGUGGAGCAACAUGGCUCUGCCCCACUGCCCCGAAGGAGACAAUGGCACGUAUGAUAAGAAGCCAAUUGCCUCCUAGUUAUUUGCAUUUAAAAAAGGGUUAUUCCAUUGGAGGAAUGGGGGUGGGGGGGGGUAAAUUAGUCACUAUUCUUCUAUGCGCAGGUGUCUUUGUACUUAUUGAUUAUCAGAGUAAAAAUGUCCACUUAAAAAAAACAGGAUGCAACAAUUUUAAAGUGCUCAUAGUGUCUAUAAUUGGUGAGUUGUUUUUGGAAUUUAUUUUUUAUCCCUGUCGUUUUACUGCAAUCGGAAUGCCGAUUACAAUUUGAUAUGAGCAGACAAAUGGCUUUUUAAGUAGACAUCAAAAUGAGUACCCUAAAAACACGAUUGGAGGUGAGACGAUAUUGUUUUGUUAAGUACCUUUUUCGAUUUUCAAAUGAACAUCGUGAUCCAUGUUAACAUAUUGAGGUGUGAUGCUUCCACCAAUGGUGCUGUGAUGAAAGUAAAAAAAAAAGCCUCACCUGACAUUCCCCUCAUUGUUACCACCAGGCCUUCGUUUGCAUUUCUCCUUUUUUAUUCUUAUUACUACUACUUUUAGGGUGGUGUAUCCUCUCAACUUUAUGUUAAACUUUUUCUGUGUGAAAAUCUCUCAAAACCUUAAGAGACUCUUUGCUUUUCUCCAAAGCCAAGUUUUCUAGACGGCAGUGUUCAGUGGAGCAAAGUGACUGUGCGUUGAUCGUGCUCCACGUUCACUUUGCUGCGUAUGAAAGUGUUCAACACUUUGGGACAGAAUGACAUGGCUCAACAAGUACUGAAUUGAUUGCCACUGAAAUCUCGUAAGUCAUCCAUAGUCGUCAGAAUAUGAAUAAUUCGAGCCUCUUACUUCUCAUCUAGCUCUGCCAAUAAGGUGUCACAUGUCAUUUUAUGUCUCAAACAUUUCAAAUGAACAUUCGGGGGACUUUGAGAAUUAUAAUGCUUGACAUGCUAACAUAGAUGACCGCUUGCUCACUGGUAUCCUGGAUGUUUGCCGUACGUCGAGCCCACCGAUGUGCAGGCUCGACGCGUACAUGCAAACGUGCGCGUUUAGAAAACGCGCACAGCUGCAGCCCGGCGGCACGUCGACGCCUGUUCUGAGCACAGCUGUACGUGUGAAUGGAGCACAUCUGGAUGCCGACAGCCGAGGCUGUUGCAUGUUGCUCCUCGGCUUGUCAGGCUCAGCUCGACGUGAUCGGACACGCUGUGCGAUGUUUUGGGACAACCAAAUGUUGAACGACAACACGGCACCGCGCUCUUGAUUCUUUUCUCAGAGACGGCGGUGAGAUUCGAUGUAGAAAAAGCCGUCUUUCUGAGUUGUACUAAUUCAACAAUUUAGUUGUAUUGUGUGCGGUGAAGAGAAAGGUUCCCGCUUCCUUUGUUUGUUUUGGUGCACAUUGCUGCUAUUGUGAUAUUUAGUAUUUAUUUGAGGCACUUUUUUUUUCUUCUUUUUGUGCUUUCCUUCUUUCUUUCAUUCAGUGUUUUGGGGAUUUGGGUUGAAUUUCUCUUUUAAUAUUUGUGCUUGGUUCUUAGUAGCCGCAGGUACACGUUGCUGGAAGCACACGCAUAUUUUUGAAAAAGAAGACAAAAAAGGUAUUGAAAAAUGUCAUUUCCCCCCUCUCUCCUUUUUUUUUUUUUUUC